UGUUUUACUUGUAGCAACUAACUGUCAACGGCCCUCCCCCCAUUAUUUUUCUUACCUAAGAUUGUACACAAUGGUCAGAUUUUCUUCUUUCUCUUUUCCUCUAUUUGCCGUGUGGCAUAUUCAAACAAAAGACAUUGAUACAGAGAAGAUUAAUUUUAUUUUUUUCAUUUCUGUUUAAAUGUUUUGCUUAUAGCAACUAACAGUCAACGGAUUAUUUUUUAUGCCGGUCUGAAAAAUGUCGUUCACAAAUAAUUUAAACAUUAUAAACGAAAAAAAUGUUACAAUCAAUAAAAAAUUUUACUUUAACUAAAUUGUAUGAUAAAAUUAAAUUACCCAAUGAUGAAUUUCAACAAUGGAUCACUGAUCUCGGAAUGCUUCAUAGAAAAAGAACAUGUGAUUGUGGAAAAGAAAUGCGUAAAGAGAAGCGUGGACAAAAUGGAAGAUGGAUAUGUAAGAAAUCAGUAUGCAGAAAAACAAAGGGUGCUUUAGUUGGAACAUUUUUCGAAAAUUCAAAACUUUCUUUGACACAAAUCAUACAGGUACAAUUUUUCAAUUGUUUUUUAUCAAAUUAUUAUUAA